AUGGCUCUUCAGCGAUCUAGCGAUCCUCUAGUCUGGGUAGACUGCGAGAUGACGGGACUUGAUCCGGCAAAUGAUAAGAUACUGCAGAUAUGCUGCUUCAUCACGGACGCGCAGCUCAACCUUCUCGAGCCAGCGGGUUUUGAGGCCGUCGUCCACCAACCCCAGGAUGUCCUCGACCGCAUGAACGCCUGGUGCAUCGACACCCACGGCCGCUCCGGCCUAACCGCCGCCAGUCUCUCGUCCACCACGACAGCUGAAGAAGCUGCCAGCGAUCUCCUGGCCUACAUCAAGCGAUAUGUACCCAAGCAGCGAACCGCCCUGCUCGCCGGGAACAGCGUACACGCAGACAGAGCCUUUCUAGCCCAGCAACCGUACGCAAAGGCCCUGGGCUGGCUGCACUACCGCAUCCUGGACGUGAGCAGCGUGAAGGAGGCCGUUCGACGAUGGAGCAGCGACGAGGUGCUGCGAGAUGCGCCGGCGAAAAAGGGCGUCCAUCUCGCGCGAGAUGACAUCCUGGAGAGCAUCGAGGAGAUGAAGUAUUACCGCCAAAAGCUGUUUGCCUCGUAG